GCCAAUCUCACUUCAGGAUACAACCAACACACUCCGCGCUCUGCGCCUCACGACGUAUGUUUGUAAAACAACCUGAUCCCGAUUGUGUAAAUCCGUGUGAGAGGAGGUGAGGGGGCACCGCUGUACGUUUCUUGUUUUUUUUUUGCGCAACUAUUUGAAUUCAUCCAGCGUCACAGCUGUUACCUGGAGAAAACCAUGAUCCGCGAUUGUUCCUGCAUCUGGCGCGCGCUUUGGGUCGCUGUUAGUUCCGGACUGUUAAAGCGGCGCUGAAACCCGACCACCGCUGCUCUCUGUUUGUCUAACUUUGAUUUCUCGGUGGUCACUCAAGUCUUAAAACUCUCUCCUCUGUCCGGACUCAUGGCUCUGUGGACGAUGGACCUGAUCAGACUUUAUUUGCUCCAGCUGGCUGUAAUCGGAGUUCCCUGGCUGGUGUUGGCAGGGCAGUGGGACUGCCUGACUGCAGGCGAUUCAUGCUCCAGUGAUGAGGUGUGCAGUCCACGACUACGCACUCUGCGUCAGUGUGUGGCAGGUGGGGGGAGCGUGAAGCUGGGGCCAGGGGCCCGUAACCACUGCGAGAACGCUGUAACCGCUCUGCUAGCCAGUCCUUUACACCGCUGCCAGUGUAAACGUGGCAUGAAGAAGGAGAAGAACUGUCUCAGCAUCUACUGGAGCCUCAAGCAGUCUGUUAUACAUGGACUGAACCUUGUAGAGAGUUUUCCAUAUGAGCCUGUGGAGCGAGGGUUUGAUUAUGUUCGACUUGCUUCCAUCGCUGCAGAGUCUGACGCAGGUAUGGCGACGGUGAAUCACUGUCUGGAUGCGGCCAAAGCCUGCAAUGUGGAUGAUACGUGCCAGAAGCUGCGUACAGAGUAUGUGUCAGCCUGCAUCACCCCAACAGGGAAAGCAGGGUCUUGUAACCGUGCACGGUGCAACAAAGCUCUGAGGAAGUUCUUUGACCGUGUGCCACCUGACUACACACAUGAGUUGCUGUUCUGUCCGUGCUCAGACACAGCAUGUUCUGAGCGCAGACGCCAAACUAUUGUCCCUGUAUGCUCAUAUGAGGAAAGAGAAAAACCCAACUGUCUGGCUCAGCUCAGCGCCUGCGAGGAUGACCUUGUGUGCAAAUCUCGUUGGGCCCAGUUCAAGCAUGACUGCCAGCCCUCGGAGCACACUGCCAGCGGCUGCCAACAAGAGAACUAUGGAGCCUGCCUCAUUGCCUACACUGGUCUGAUAGGAACCACCAUCACCCCAAACUACUUGGAUAACUCCACGUCUAACGUGGGGCCGUGGUGUUCGUGUGCAGCCAGUGGGAAUCACAGGGAGCUGUGCUACGACUUCCUUAGCCAUUUCCAUGACAGCACCUGUCUAAAAAACGCAAUUCUUGCUUUUGGCAACGACACUGAUUACAAAUCAACAGCUAACCAGCCUGGAGCAGCUAAUCCAAAGACCAACACUCCCAAUCAUCAUCUGGCUACCAGCACCAUAACCACUACCACCAUCUCAGCUCAUGUGGAAAGCCAGCAGAACAUCUUCCAUCCUCAAAUACCCACCCAGAUGAACGAGAGAGACCGACUAUUGAUUGACUCUACCCUUCCAUUACCUGACGUGUAUGGCAGCAGCCCUGAAAGCACUGACCGGGCAGUGACAGCUUUCCUCACCCCCAUCCUCUUGCUGGCUCUUCAUUUCUAGACUCGAGCCAGCCAAUCACAGCUCAGCACAAUGAAGCUGGGUUGGGACAGUGUGUAAGGAUUUUCAUCAAACCCCUCUGGUGUGAAAACAGAUGAAUGAAUAUAAGAGCACAAAAGAGAGAACUAUCCAAAAAGGCUAAGUUUCCAGCCCACAAUGUAAAGUAGUGAUUUAUUUUAUGAGCACAGUUCUAUGACUGACACUUGAGACUGAACUGGAUUAAAGAUUGUGUGUAUAUGUGUGUAUGUAUGUAUGUAUGUCUAUGUAUAAAAACUUUCUAUGAAGGCCUGUGUUAAAAAAAGAGAGAGAGAAAAAGAAAAAAAAACACACUUUAAAGUGCAAAAAAAAUUGAAAUCAGUUUGUGGCUUAUUAUAUAGUCCCUAAUCAUUCUUAUUUUAAUACCUGUUUUUUUUCAGAUACAGUGAGUUUGAUACAACUGUAUUAAUGAAUCAGGUCAGGUCUGCAGCAUGCAUAAGGGACAAAGCACAGCGAUGGGUGUCUUGUUCGAGAGCUGUAAUCAUGCAUUAGUGUUUGUGAGGAUGAUGAUGAUGAUGAUGCCUCUUUACAGGAAGACACUUCAUCCUGAAGGAAUUGCAGGGAUGUCUAAAUAAUAUGAUGUACUUUAUUUUUGUAAUGUGUUGAAAAUAUUCAUAUCUCAUUGGUGACUCUCGUUACAGUCAUGAUUUUUGUCUUCAGUGAUCUCUGCAAAUUCCACACCUUUGCGUUAACCUGAGACUUAAUGAACUGUCAUGUGUUUGAACUUUUCAGUGAAUUAUCCGUGAGAAAUCACUUUUCUUUGCAACAAUCUCUUUAUAGAUCACACAUGCUUAAAUAUAAAUAUAACACAAAAGUUUACACUGAACUGCCAGUUUAUUCUAAAAACCCACCUCCCCAUCGUUACAUCAAUGAAACCUUUGACCAAGCUUUAUGUCAUGUGACUGUAAUGUAUAGUAUAAAUCAAUCAGACCAGCACCAGCUACAGUCAAGUUAUGCAUUGAGCAGAAUGCACAAAUGUGUGAUCAAUGGCAUUAUUGUUGUUGGUGGAGAGACAUAAAGAUAUCUUUCUAGUCCUGGGCUUCUUAAGCACAAGUGAUUUAUAGGAAAUCUCCAAGCGAUUAGAGAUCCUGUGGACAAAAACACAGUGCCGAUCAAAGGAGAAUGGUGCAGGCACACUCACAUGCCACAGCCAGAAGCCAACACUGGUGUGCGAUCUCCAACACAUCUACUUAACAGCUCCAAUUGUCUAAGAUCAGCAGCAGAGGGUAUAAAGGCACAGCUCAAGCCAAGACUGAAACACAUGGACUUGACAAAUGAAUCCAGGUUCCUUUUGCCUCACGAUGGACGAUCAGAUUGUGAACAUCAAGUUUCAACUGAGCUUCUUGCAUAGAGUGACUACACAGAUAAUGUUGAAGAAUGUACAAUUAAGAUCCUAAUACCACCUGAUCAGCACGGCAUUUGCAGAGCAACUCCACCCCUUUCACAGUUCCACACUCAGAAAGAUAUUUUCAGUAGGGUAAUAUCUCGGGUAACACGCUCAUGUUGUUCUUGAACGGCUCCAGGAAUAUGGGAGCAAAUUGUUCCUGCUUCAGUGGCCUACACAAUCCCCAGACCACAACGGCAAAACCGAGACGCCACACGCUACUAGGUACUUAAUAAUCUGGCAACAUGGUGGUAUUAAAGAGGGUUAAAAAAGCAGCAAGAGGAAGGCCUACAAGAAUUGGUCACACAACUAACAUAUUUAACAUGGAAGCAUCACUUCGAUCAGCUUUUGGAUGUCAUUAUCCACUUUUACACAAUGGAAAACCACAAGCGCUUAAAAGACUGAUACAAUAUUUAGCUGCAUGGACUCCAGGAGGCAGUGUCUGUGGAAAUCUAAUGACCAAUGCAAAAUGAAGCACAGUUCAACAAAGUGAAACCUUCUGUGUAUUUGAUAUGCAGGAACCUAUUAUUAUUUUAGUUUUUUUUUUUUUUUUGCUUGCUUGCUGCAAAAUCUAUUGACCAAUCAUCUUCACAGGACACGAAGAAGUACACGGUGAUGGCAAGUGGGCAGGGUUUGUUUAAAUCAACUGUAAUUUCUUGACGAAUAAAGCUGCCAUAUGAA